AUGAAAACGAUAGUGUAAAAACCCUAGCCGCUUCUCUAACCCUCUUUUGCUUCAGGGGUGCCUCUCUUCUCCUCUCCUUUGCAUUCUAGACCAUUGAGUUAGUGAAGACGUAGCAGAGAAGAGAUCAUGGUGCACGUCUCUUUCUAUAGGAACUAUGGGAAGACUUUCAAGAAACCCCGACGUCCUUAUGAGAAGGAGCGUUUGGAUGCAGAGUUGAAGUUGGUUGGAGAAUAUGGGCUUCGUUGUAAGAGGGAGUUGUGGAGGGUUCAAUAUGCAUUGAGCCGAAUCCGAAACAAUGCUCGGAUGCUCUUAACACUUGAUGAAAAGAACCCGCGUAGGAUUUUUGAGGGAGAGGCUCUGCUUAGGAGGAUGAACAGGUAUGGUCUUUUGGAUGAGAGUCAGAACAAGCUCGAUUAUGUCUUGGCCCUUACUGUGGAGAAUUUCCUUGAGCGUCGUCUCCAAACUCUCGUGUUCAAGUCUGGUAUGGCAAAGUCAAUCCAUCAUGCUAGAGUGCUCAUCAGGCANGGGCGCUCAACAAGGUAA